ACUUGCAUUUGAACUAUAACAAGUGAUCUGCAUUUAGCCCAGUUGACAGAGCUACACAUUGUAGAAUCACUUGACUUAAAAGAAACUAUACAGUGCAGAAGAUAUGCUUUUUGAGUUAAAUUUUUUUGUUUUAUUAAUUUUCUAAAAAAAUUAUUUCAUGUUUUAAUAUUUAAAAUAUUACAUUAGUCACAGUAAAUACAGUGAUUUGAUUAACUGUUUCUUUCUCCGUCGAAAUGACUAGUGAAGUUCUAAAUUAUUCGUCUCGACAUUAUCAAGUGAAACAAGAAUGUAUGGCCGCCGAGAACCGAUUAACAGACGAUUUGUCCUAUUGGACACCGAGUUCACACCAACUAGUUACCUGUGUGAGUCAUCCAACUGGUAGCACAACGUCUUCGUCCUCAUCAUUUAUUGACGACGAAUCAACAUCUUACGAAGACAUCACUUACAACAGUUAUGGAUCAGCCCACAUAGCAUCGUCCACAAUUUCAGAUUAUGGACAUCAUUAUAAUAGCCAAUACAACAACAACAAUAACUACUACGACAACGGAUACUCAUCUUUGAUAGCAGCAGGAUACGAUGACAAAACUUUUGAUAAUAAUAACAUGACCACGUGUAAUUUAAAUAGUUCAUACAGCGAUCCCUACGACCAAUCGGUUUCCAAUAAACAGUCGUUUAGAAAAGAGUGCUCCAUUCCCGCUGUUGUAUCUGCCAGCUCAACUCCUGGAGUUCGGAUAGUAAAGCGGAGAAACACCGCAAACAAAAAAGAACGACGGCGAACACAAAGUAUAAAUAACGCUUUUUCGGAUCUUCGAGAUUGCAUACCUAACGUACCAUCCGAUACUAAACUGUCCAAAAUCAAAACUCUUCGGUUAGCCACCUCUUAUAUUAGCUAUUUGAUGACUGUACUCGAUAGCGACGAUCCAGAUACAGAUGGAUUUAAAGCCGAUUUAUCCGUUCACACGUCUAGGAGGUCCUCGUCCAAUCACCAAACAUCGUGCCGUAGUAACAAGACCCAGCAGCCAUAUGCGAAAAAUUCGUCUGUAGUGAAUGUAAACAAUGUCCAUGAACACCUCAACAAACGAACUAAAGGAAGAACCGGAUGGCCGCAAGACGUAUGGGCUUUAGAACUAAAACAGGAACAAGUGUAGAAAGAGCGCUAUAGAGUAUUACAGUUUUUUAUCAAUGAAUCAAUCUACAAACCUAAUAAACUGCAGUAAUCAAAUUCCAAAAUGGUUGUUUCAAAAAAUUAAAAACAAAAUUUAACGUAUUUAUCAUUAGAGAUGAAAAUGAACAUUAACUAGCCAAACUUUUUUACGCAGAUUUCAAAACUGUUAUUAAUCAAAUUCGUCAAAAACAAAACGAGGUCUUAAAUUUUCUUAUUUUUUAACGUUGGUAGUUUAGUCAAUUAAAAAUAGUGUAUGAAUUUUUUAUAAAUUAUUAUAUUACUUUUUUAUGAGUAUUGUAAAAAUCAACUUAAAAGGUAUAGAAAAAUCGUUAAAACAUGACAUAUUAGUCAAAAAUUUUGUACGAAACACCACUAUUUUAUCAAAAACCAAAUUGAUAAUCAUUAUAACACGUAAUUAUUUUGUACUCUUUUGAUAUAUUAAACCUGAUUUCCAAUAAUCAGUAAUUGUUACAAAAAUAUAAGUGUCGAAAAUUAAGUAAUAACAGAUUUGAAAUCAGCGCGAAAAUUUUAUCAAGAGAAGUUUAUUGUUAUCUCCGACGAUAAAAAGGUUUUAUUUUAUUGAUUGGUGUUAUUACUCAAAAUAAUUGUACAAUAUUGUAGUGUGUUCAUAGCGUAUAAUUAUAAUUUAGAUUUGUUUUAUAAUUUUAUUUCAAAGACCAAAGAGAUAAUAUUUUAAUUUGUUUUUUUUUUUUUAUAAACGUCAGUAAGAUUAUUGAUUAUAUAAAUAUUUAUAAGAAAUAAAUUUUGUUUUGUGUUUUUUGCUAUUAGAAAUAUAAUUACCUAUUAAAGACUAUAAUAAAUAGAUUUAUUGUUUUCUAAAAAUAAUUAGCAUUGGGGGAUGUCGAGCAUGAGAAGUUAUUAUCAAGAAAGAUGUAUUUGGAGACGAUAUUUCAGUAUAUCCUUGUUAAAUAUGAUACAUUAUAGCCUAUAGGAAAACAAAUGUGUAAUAUAAAAGCAGUGUGUUUAUCUUGUAGAUUAAAAACAUAUGAUUUUAGAAUCAAAUAUAAUUUACCACAAUUAGUAGUAACCCGGGGUCGAAUUAAAAAAAUUAAGUCAUUUUAUAGAAAUAUUUUUACCUUACAGUAUAAUAGAAUGACUUGAAAGAUCAGAAUUACUAUCAAAUACUAAAUAUUGUACAAAAAGUGUCAUCCAUAUCUACGUAACAGUCACAUUAGGUGUAGAAAAUAUGUGAUACAAUUUAUUGUGACUACAUACCUAUAACAUUGACGUACGUAUAGGUUAU